AACCAGCUCAGUGUAAGCUGUCAAGAGAACUGUCGCAAGGAGCAUCCUAAGCACAAAAUCUUGACAUUGGAAAGACCGCUUACCAUUUCAUCUCACCAAUAUGCACCCAAUUGGAAUCACUCGCCGACGGUCACCAGCUUCAGUGUAUCCCUCUUUAUGAUCCCACAGCUUCUCCACCCCAAACCAGCAUAGUUGGUAGCCUUCUUACUCCAGCAAAAAAGCAGAGAGAGAGAGAGAGAGAGAGAGUAAUGUCUUCCUCUGAGUCUGAGAGCAGUCAGCAAGGGAGGCAUCAGGAGGUCGGGCACAAGAGCCUUCUUCAGAGCGACGCCCUCUAUCAGUACAUGCUGGAGACCACCGUUUACCCUCGCGAGCCCGAAUGCAUGAAAGAACUCCGCGAGAUCACCGCCGAUCACCCUUGGAAUAUUAUGACAACCUCGGCUGACGAAGGGCAGUUCUUGAACAUGCUGCUCAAGCUCAUUAACGCCAAGAACACCAUGGAGAUCGGCGUGUACACCGGCUAUUCCCUCCUCGCCACCGCCCUCGCCCUCCCCGACGAUGGCAAGAUACUGGCCAUGGACAUCAACCGGGAGAACUACGAGCUUGGUCUGCCGGUGAUCGAGAAGGCCGGCGUCGCCCACAAGAUCGACUUCCGCGAAGGCCCGGCCCUCCCUGUUCUCGAUCUACUGCUUGAAGAUGAGAAGAAGCAGGGGAGCUUCGACUUCGUGUUCGUGGACGCCGACAAGGACAACUACCUCAACUACCACAAGCGGCUGCUGGAGCUGGUGAAGGUGGGCGGCGUGAUCGCGUACGACAACACGCUCUGGAACGGGUCCGUGGUGGCGCCGCCGGACGCGCCGCUGCGCAAGUACGUCCGCUACUACCGCGACUUCGUGCUGCACCUCAACAGGGCUCUCGCCGCCGACCCCCGCAUCGAGAUCUGCCAACUCCCUGUCGGCGACGGCGUCACCCUCUGCCGGAGGAUCAAAUGAUCACGGCAAUCUAUGUACAUCUCCCAUCUCUCCCCAUUAAUUUGUUCUAAUUAAUGUCAUCAUCAUCAUCAAAUGUCAACCGCAUGACAUUUUUCCUGCUACAAUCGUAGCUGAGAGAGAAGAACUAUGCCAUGUAAAUUAAAUUUCAGCAAUAUGAGUUUGACUGUUGGACUUU